GAAAAAAAGAAACUAUAUGUUGUUGGUGGGUAGUAGGCCUAUUGUCACACGCCAAGCUCAGAAAUAAGAUAAAGUAUAUAAUUUAAUAUAAUAAAUGUACAAAUGUACAAAUGUUUUUGCGAAUUUACCUUGGAAGAGAGACCUGUGGAUUUAUCAGACAGAGGAUACAUCGUGUCAUGUACUCUCCCUUGUUGAAUUUUGAUAGCUCCUGAUCUUUCAAUGUCAUCACAUUUACAGUGUUCUUGAGACUGCUCUCAGGCCACACUGAAGAAUGAUGACAAGAAAGCCUGGUAGGAGCUUCAGGAAGCUGGUCAGGAGGGGUAACAGUGUCCGAGACACCCUGUGGGGCAAACUUACCUCACAGCACAAGCACCCCAGCCAUGAGGAUCAUAAAUCGGGAAAAAAACAAGGUCAAGAUUUGAUGGCUGAUCAGCCAGAACCUUCUCCUGCCUCAUUACGAUCUCUUGUAUUGGAGAAGGACGAUAAUGAAACAUUUGGGUUUGAAAUUAUGUGUAAUGACAGCCCUGUGGAGGACCUGAGAGUUGCUGUGAGUUGUGUGAAGCCAGAGAGUCCAGCUGAGAAGGCUGGUAUGAACCCUGGGGAUGUCCUUGUUUCGGUAAAUGGUGUGUGUGUGACAGAAUUUCUUCAUCAGCAAAUCACUGACACAAUUCUGCAUUCUGGCCUCAUCAUAAGGUUGGAAACUAUUAGUGCAUUCGCGGCUAAGCAAAUGGAGUUGAAGAGGAAACUACGGCAACUGCAGUGUCGUCUGAAAGACAAGUCUACCGAGCUCUACUUGCUGGCUUCAAGGGAAGAACACCUAACUGGAGGAAAGCUGGGGAAGUGUCUAUUUGGGGAUUCCCUGAUGUCCUUGUCCUCCUUACCUGAGGAUUCCGGCAGCUCUGGCCACAGCAGUUGCGGGAGCCGGUGGAGCGCGUGCGGAAGCAUGGACGCCAGUUCCCUGUCCUCGACGUUCGACCUCUCUUCCAGUUCGGCCUCCAUCCGUGAUUCAGCCAGUGGAGGGGACCGCCAUUCGUGCACCUUCUCGGGUUCGGCCCACCCAUCAAAACCUAAUGCCCCCUCUCCACUAGCAGAGGGAGGUUCCACAGAUCUCUCCACAAGUCAACAAGUCGUCCACAGAGGCCCAUCCAAAGGCCCAUCCAAAAAGGGGGGGGUUGGGAACCGGCUCACCAGUCUCUUUUCAAAUUCUCGAGGGUCUUUGGCAGACGAGGGGGUCCAGGAGGAUGUAUGAUAAGGACAAAAAAAAUCUACAAUAAUUCAUUUAGCAGCUUCAUUCUUGUGAGCAUAUCUGCUCAUCAAACCCAUGAUCUUGGUGUUGGUACGUCGUUUCUACUAAUUGAACCACAGUAACAAACCUAAACGUUAAAUGUAUGUGUUCUAAGUCAAAUUAAUAUGAACACAUGCAAUGCUGUGUCUUCGUGGGAAUGGAGGCCUUGCUGUUUCUGCAGAAUGUCUUCCGAAGCGUUUCGUAUUCUGAUGUGCUGGCUCCCAGACAUGUAAAUAUAUGUUCCUGAGAUGUUUACUCCUGGUGUGUUGUUUUGCACAAAUAGUUUCGCUGAUUUUAUGGCGUUCUAAGUAGCUUCUACGCCAAUACUUCAUUGUCAUUGUGGGUCAGUUGUGAGCUAAGAUGCUGUCUCUGUUGUAAUUUAUUUCAUUGUUUAAUAUUAUUUAUGUCCUCUCAUGUUUGCACACUAGUUUCAUUAAAACUGUUUUUUAAUCCUUCAA